GGACGAGUUACCCAGUCACGUAGUGCUAUCCUCGUAUACCGCCGAGGUACCUGCUCGAAAAGGGUCUCUUCCCGCCUGCGCUACAGGUAUCUAUGGUAUCAAUUCAAAGCUCACGCUUGAGCUAAGUUAAGGGAAAAGGGCCUCACUCACAAAGGUCACUUCUGUCCGCCGUUAUACCAUCAAACCGUGCUACCGGCGAUAUUCAUAGCACUGUUCGGCUUCGAAACUACUCCCAGCGUUUACUCCGUGACAUGAGACUUAGCGAGGAUCACAAACAGAAACCCAACCCAACGUUUCCCACUCCUCUUCGUACCCGCUCACAUGCGCCCGCUGUUUCGGAGGAGGCGGCCCACCUGUUUUGUGAAAUAGUCCAUCCCCAAGAUCCUGGGAAAUAGUGCUCCUGCCGAAACAACUUUCCACGACCAUCUCCAGAACCUGCAUCACCUUCCUCAGUCGGUCCUCCAUCCUCGCCCAUCGACAUCUCCCUCUGUUUCCACGACGUCGGGUAAAUUGGAACAACCCUUCCCGAUCCUCUGACGGAUCAGCUCGUCCUCCGGUUUCUAAACGACGUUUCGCUCGAAGACAACGCCGAGUCGUGCUGCAGGUGAAGACAUCGAUUGUUUCGGCCGUGUGUUCUGCUUCGCUGAAUCAACUGAAAACAAGCCCUCACUCCCGCUUCAAACACUCGACUCCGAAGCCAGCCUCUUUAUUGUACACAUUGAUAGACGACCUGGGGAUCCAAUUUUUCGAACUCUCAUCUCCGGGAGCAAACAUUGAACUCCCUCCACCUUGAACGACCUCCCUUACUCGGAUACAGGACGACAUUUUACACUGACUAUCCUGCGAAGUUGCCAAAUUGCCAAAGCCAUGUUCCAAUAGAUAUACACGACCCCCGAUUUUAUUACUUUGCGGAAUAUCUCAGCUGAGAUUAUACACCCUCUCGUCGAUAUACGAUGUCGAUGUCACUUCCCGUCCCAGCAGUCCCGCUCAGCGGCUGCUCCACUAUCUACAACAAUACCCUCUACACCUAUUCCGCCGACGCAUUCCAAGCACUACCAUUAGAUAAGGGAGCCUCAUGGGAGCAAUUACCUGCAGGCGUCUCUGUGACCGGAGCAGUCUGCGUGCAAGCCACCUCACAUAAUGCGUCGUCGCCAGCGGCCCUCUACAUCGUCGGAGGAAGCGCAAAUGCAUCGGGGACGAGUUAUCAAGGCCUCCAAAGAUAUAUUUUCCAAGAUAGCACCUGGGAGUCUAUCUCGCUCUCAUCGGCAGUAACGCAGAACCGCCUAUACCACAACGCCAUCUACCUCAAUGCUUCAUCCUCGAUAUUCAUAUAUGCUGGGAAUCAAGAUGGCACGAAGCAGCUUAGUUCGGAAUCAUUCACCAUCUCGACCAUAGCGCCGUAUGAAGUCCGAUCUUUCCCAUCAAUCGCCCCACCAGGAACUGAGCCCAUGCUACUUACCUGGUCCGAUAGCCAAGCUGCCAUGCUUGGAGGAAGCGACGCCAACACGAAAGUCAUGUUGUUCAAGCAAACCACCGACCCGAUGUUGGCAUGGGAGGACUCUAAAAUCACACUGGACGCCCCGUUGAAGAGUGACGGGACCGUGAAGACUGCCAUUGUCAACGGCGAUGAUAAAAGCAAAAGUCUAUAUACGUUCGAUAUGACUGUGUCACCUAAUUCGGUGAACCGAAUGCUAUUGGUUGACCAGAAUGGAAAACCCAUGACCAAUGCCAAAGCCCUCAAAUCACGGAGUUCCAACGAAGUUCGCGACAUUGCUGAGAGAGCUACCCUCACAGCCACGGAUUGGCCACCAUAUAACGUAUCACUUGCCCCGAAAACCACACGCACCAAAUACUCAAUCGCACAAGAUGCGGACGAUCGCAUUAUCAUCUCCGGGGGUAACAAGGACGAUGUCUUGUCCAUAUUCAAGGCAAGGGAGAAUUCGUGGGAAAACGCGGCUGCGCUUCUAUCCAAGGCACAGGUUCCGAUCGGAACUCAAAACACGCCCACGUCAGUUUCCAAAGAAGCUCCAGCAGCUUCUUCAAGUGCAGCAGUAGCUGCAGAAGCUUCUUCGCAACUCAGACGCAGACUUCUGGGAAUUAUCAUUGGCUCUGUGGGAGGAUUUGUUGUGAUAGUGCUGGCCAUACUCUUCUGCAUUAGGAGGAGGCGCAAGCAGCGCGUGUUCGCCGAAGCGGGCCACCAAAGGAGAGCGAGUGGUAUCCCCGAUGAGAAAGACCCGAUGGAAUUUGCAGACCGUGGAAUGCGCUUCGACCCUACCAAACGCUACCAGGAACAUGCUCCCAAGACCUCACAAGCCUCAUAUUCAUCAAUGACCAUCUUGAUGGGGAAGAUUAGUUCGACACAGCAACCGGCUCUCGGCAGAAGAGGCGGCAGCAAUAGUAGCACCGCUAGCAGCAACUUCAACAAGAACUACAAGAACACGAUCAGCAAGCCCAUCCCCCAGGGUAGCGCAGUACCCGAAACCUACGCACGAACCGAACGCCCACCAGUCGUCGGCGGCUCAAACGCGGGACCAACACCCCGACCCCGCGGAAGCGGCGUAAACCGCCAAGGAAGCACCCGCCGCAGCUCAGGAUGGAACCGCUACUGGUCCGGCGGCAGCGCCCUUAACGUCCUCGGCUUCGGCAAUAAACGCGCCACAUACGGCUCCCAGUCCGACCAGGGCUCCAUGUACUCCGAGACCGCGCACUCUACCCGGGGAACCCAGCAAUCCGCCAUGGUGCCUCCGCUGAACUUAGGGUCGCAGAAGGGACGCCUCAGCCAGGUCGCCUCGGGGAGUCCGACGAUCGCGCACCAGGAGAGGAAUUUACCCUUGGAGGAGGGGAUGUCGGGUAAGAUCGAGCGUCCGCACUCGGCUGUUAGUAGCGUGUCGAGCUAUGGCGAUCUGAGGGAUGCAUAUCCGGGGGUGGCGUCGAGUAUUAAUGAGGAGCAUCAGACGUGGACGCCGGUGGGAGGAGAGAGGGGGUGGAAUCAGGGGGAGCGCGUGGCGAGUAGCUCGUAUACGGAGAGUCAGUAUGGGACGCCGCGCGCGACGAUGGUGGAGGGGAGGAGUGGACAUCAGGGGCUGAAUGAGCAGUCCACGGAUAUGAGUUGGUUGAAUCUGGGGGACAACAGGCAUUGAGGAGGCAGGCAGAUGAAUGUCUUUCACUGUCACUGUCACUCUUACCGCCCUCACCGCUGCUGCCGCCGAAAUAAAUCACUCACUCACUCACUCACGCCCACACACUCUCUCUUGUCGAAACGGGUUUUUUUUGGCAAGGGGGAAUAAAAAGCAACUUUAGACCGACACUUUUACCUCACGCACACACACACACACUUUUUGAGCGCCCACAUUUUUUUGUAGCAUGUCGAAGCGGCGCGCGCAAGGUUUUCGAUAUCAUAGUUUUCGGCGCAUCCGUCCUUGCCUUUGCACACUCUAGCGAGCGAGCGAAAUCUGAGAAAGCGGGAAUCUGGAUGCGGGAUCACAGGGGAUAAUUAUUCGAUUUUUUUGGGGGGGAGGAGUUUGGAGUUACACCUUUUGUUUUGUGUAUGGAGUUUAUGAUGGAUAUGAUUUGUAUGGGUAUCAUAGGGAGUUUUUUUAACAACUACCUGACUGGCUGAUCUGACAACUGUGUUGUUCUGUUUUUUUCUUGUUACUUGGCUACGCUUUUUUUGUUUGUUUGGGCUUGCAGAUACGGAGGGGGCGAAUACCAGAUGCUUGGGUCCAGGGCAUACCAGAAUCUGUGGAUGGGAGAGGGAUGAGGAAGGAUGGGAGAGGGGCGAAUACAGUGUCGGGGGAGAAGAGAGAGAAGAUGUGUGAGAUGAGAUGUAGGCGCUGGAUAGUAGAUGGAAGAGAUUACUGUAGCCUACACUUACAUAUCUUCCUUACUACGGUGGAUCCGUAAUGGAGGCGGGAAGAGACAUAUUUCCAACAACCCAACCCAACACCAAAGUGCCUCCCUCAUCGUGACUUCCCUUUGUCUGUCCUAUCCUAUCCCCUUCUUCCUUGUACCUCCGAAGACCUUCACCUGUACCUGCAUUCCCAUCUCCCCCACUAUCAAUCGCCUCCUCCCUCCCGCUCACUACGAAACCUCCC